GAUUUUACUUUUUCACUCUGAAACACACAAUGAAGGCCAAGCCAGCAGCGACCAAGCCUGCAGCUGCUGCUGCUGCUGCUGCACCUUCUGCAGAGAAGAGUCUCGCGACUGGUUUCAUCAUGACGAUGGGCGAUGACGACGACGACGUUGGCGGUGGUCUGAUGGGGAUGGACGCCGAGACGCUUCAGCUGCUCCAGCGUGCGCGCAGCCAACACGACGACGACGACGACGAUGAGGUUGAUGCCGAUGAGAACGGCAAUGCUGAUGAUGACGAGGACAGCGCCGAUCAGGGUCGCGCCAAGCCAAAGAGCAAGAAGAAGGCUCAGCAGCAGCAGCAGCAGCACAAGAAGAAGAAGGCCAGCGCAGAGGACUCUGACAUUAAUCCAAACCUCGAGUUCGAUGCCGAUGGCGAGUCAAUGGGAUUUGGCGCGCGCCAAGCGAUCCGUGUUUGACGAUCCCGCACAGCGCCCGCACGGCCUCUCUGGCGCCGCUGCGGCCGCCGCUGCGGCCGUCCCAGACGUCACUGCCAAGUCGCUCGACGAGCUGAUUCAACUGACGCGCCAAGCACGGCGCGUUCUGCCCAAAAAAGCCAAGUCCUCAGCCAUGAAGGUUGAUGAUGACGAGGACGGCAACAACAACGACAACGACGACGACGACGAAGACGAAGACGAAGAAGAUGGCGACAGUCUCGACGGUGACGUUAUGGCUGACGGCAGCGACGACGAAGGGGAGGCCGACGACGAGCAGGACGACGAUGAUGAAGAGGAGCUCGACGAGAAAGCUCUGGCAGCCGCAAACAACCCCAAGUUGUACUCAGAUUCGGAAGACGACGACGAUGAGGCAGAUGAGGUUGCACGCCCGCCAGCCAAGGGCAAGAAGCCCGCACGCAAACAACAAAGUUCUGACGACGAAGAAGACGAAGAUUCAGAAGAUUCAGAUGAUUCAGAAGAUGACGACGACGACAACGAUGACGACGACGACGACGACAGCCCAAAGGACAAGGCGCGUGCAGCUCGUGAGCGGGAGCGCAAGGAAAAGUUGAAGGCGGCCUUCUUUGAACAGGCACCCGCAGACAUUAUCUCGUCCAAGCAAUUCACCGAGAUGAACUUGUCCCGCCCCUUGUUGCGUGCCAUCUCUUCCCUCAAUUUCGCCAACGCCACCGACAUUCAGGCGGCCACCAUCCCGCCGGCCUUGAUGGGUCGCGACCUCGUGGCUUGCGCCAAGACCGGCUCGGGCAAAACCGCUGCCUUCUUGUUGCCCGUGCUGGAGCGUCUCUUGUACCGCCAAAAGACAAACCCCGCCUCGCGUGUGCUGGUGCUCUCGCCCACUCGCGAGUUGGCCGUUCAGUGUCACGCCAUGGGCGAGAAGCUUGCCAAGUUCACCGACAUCCGGAUGUCCCUGAUUUGUGGUGGUUUCUCCACCAAGCGCCAGCAGGCCGAGCUCCGCGCCCAUCCCGACGUGAUUGUAGCCACUCCUGGUCGCUUGAUUGAUCACUUGCAAAACUCGCCUGGUUUCGACCUCGAGGGCAUUGAAGUCCUCAUCAUGGACGAGGCCGAUCGUUUGCUCGAAAUGGGUUUCAAGGAAGAGGUUGAUGAAAUCAUUCGCCAGUGCUCCGUGUCUCGCCAGACCAUGCUCUUCUCGGCCACCAUGACCGACGAAGUUGAGAAUCUCAUUGCGCUUUCGAUGAACAAGCCGCUGCGCGUCUUUAUCAACAAGAAUACGGACACUGCCACCAAUCUCACCCAAGAGUUUGUUCGCGUUCGCCCACAGCGCGAGAAGGAGAAGGAAGCCAUCGUGCUCGCCGUGUGCAAGCGGUCCUUCCACACCAAGACGAUUGUCUUUUUCCGCUCCAAGCAGGGCGCGCAUCGUGCCAAGGUCAUUUUCGGCCUGUUUGGCCUCAAGGCGGCCGAGUUGCAUGGUGAUUUGAACCAGCUCCAGCGUCUCGAGUCCCUGGAGGCGUUCAAGGAAGGGCGCGUGGACUUUUUGCUCGCAACCGAUCUCGCAUCUCGCGGUCUUGAUAUCGUCGGCGUUGAGACGGUCGUCAAUGCCGACAUGCCCAACACGCUUACGCAGUACAUUCAUCGCGUUGGUCGUACAGCUCGUGCGGGCCGCGCAGGUCGCUCGCUGUCGCUGGUGUGCGAAGGCGAGCGCAAGCUGCUCAAAGAAAUUGUCAAGCACGCCACAGUCCCACUCAGCUCGCGCUCCAUCCCGUCCGAUGUGAUUGAAAAGUUUUCCACCAAGAUUCGCGGUGCCAGCAAGGACAUUGCGGCUAUUAUGAAGGCCGAGAAGGAGGAGAAGAUGCUCCUUCAAGCAGAAAUGGAAGCCGCGAAAGCUUCCAACAUGAUGGAACACGAGAAGGAAAUUUACUCCAAGCCCGCUCGCACCUGGUUCCAGGACGCCCUCGCCAAGAAGACUUCCAAAGAAAACAGCAAGGUUGCUCACGCCGGCGGCGCAGUUGCUGACAAGGGCAAGACACAGCAAGCUCGUCCUUCAAAGCGAAAAAGCGAGGAGGAUUUGCAAGACCAGCGAGUGCAGAAGGCUAUGGGUCGCUCUGUCAAGAAGGCCCGGUUGGGCUUGAGGCCUGGUGAUGCUCCUCCGCCAAACCCGAACAAGUCGCCCAAGCAGGCCAAGAAAUCGGGCGGCGCGGUUGGCUUUGCUCGCGAGCUCACCGAUGUUAGCAAGAAGAGCGUGCAUGGUCUCCGAACCAGCACGAAUCAACGCGAUGGAGGCAAGAAAGGAGGCAAGGGUGGUGCUGGAGCCAGCGGCGAUCGCAAGCGAGGCAAUCCCAAGGUCACCAACAAGUCAUUCAAGUCCAAGGCCAAGUUCAAGAGGCGAUAAAGCAAAAGAGGCUAGAGUCGAUUGGUUGGUGCGUUGCCUUUCAGGAUGGCUGUUGCUUUGACCUUUUCAUGUUGUUGUCAAAGAGAG